GCCUAGUACUACUCAAAUAUGUAAAUGAAUAAGAGAAUGGCUUACAUACUGCCUGCUCUUCUUACUUUGACGAUUUUCCAUCCGACUUGGGCUUCUCUUGUUAAAAUAGAGGAGAACGGAUAUACUGACGUCGUUGUUGCCAUUAGCAGAGAUGUCUCAGAGAACACAGAGAUCAUAUCGCAGUUGAAGCAAAUGUUCAGCGAUGCGUCUCCAUAUCUUUAUAAUGCAACCAGAAAGCGUGCAUAUCUUAAAAGAAUCAGUAUUCUGGUUCCAGACACAUGGAGUGACAAAAAGGAAUAUCAAAAUGCAAAUCUAGAAACCUUUGAAAAUGCAGACUUUAGGGUUGAUAUGGGAAAUCCAUACAACAACCCGUAUACCAGACAACUUGGCCAUUGUGGUGAACCCGCAAGCUAUUGUCAUCUGACCCCUGAUUAUGUUUUAGAUACGCACAAUGACCGGCAAACAAG